CUGUAUCAUUUGCAACGACAAGACGGGUGAAAUGGCUCAGCACCUGCGUCUCGGACCCGGUGCGCGAGGGGCGGCCCAUAGCGACGAUGCUGCGACCGAAGCCUGUCCGCGCGGGGUGGCUAGCGGGGUAGUGCAAUGCCUCCUGCAUACAGCGUGGAUCGCCCGACGGAAGGCCUGAAGAUCACAAUCUCUGGAGAUUACAAACUCGUCAGCAUUUGAUCGAAGGCACCAGUCACAUCAUCAGAUUCCCCCACAUCUUCACGCACGAUGAAGUGUGAUGACGCCCAAAUCUGUGGCAGAUUUGGAUGCGCAAACGUUGAGACAAUCUUGUCGAAGAAUCCGGUCUAUUGCCACCGAGGUGAUCAGUGCCACUCGCACGCGGGGGAUGAGGGGGUCUGGGCGGUGCAGCGCAUGCCCGUCAUCGUUGCCUAGGAGCAGCUACAACCAGCGCGCACACGCACAUAGUCUAUUCGCGGUGCGUAUGGCCCAGGACACGACGUCCCAAAGAGGGAUAAGGUUCGCGAUCGUCGAGGGAGCAGGACGACGUCGGCGGAGGAUUGUCCAGAUCCCCUGCGAGAUCGCGCGCACCCCAGAUGUGCCAACAGUCCGUCUGGGAAGCUCGCAGCCCGGCCCACUCAACAGUCAGUGCCCCUGCCGGAUUGGGUCUGUGCUCGCCCUGGAUCUGGCGCAGAUCGGAGCGCGAGCGGCCGUCCUGGUGGGACGCGCAAGCCUGCCUAUGCCCUUUCUGGUGCGUCGGACCGUCCCGUGCGAAGGGCUCGUCGCCACCGGGCCAACCGUCGCCGCUGUCGGCCCUUCUACCUGCAGAGCGCAAUAUACACGUCUACGCCUGCGUGCGCGGCAUGAAGAAGCGCGUUCUGGAAGACACCUGUGCAUGCCAAUCCAGGAAAGCAGAUCGCACUCACAUCGCAGGUUUCCUGGCUGUGGCCCCGAGGUUCGAUAAAUGAGACGCCAACUCUUCACACAACUCUCGCUCGCCUCGAGCUGAUAUGUCACUUGUGUCUUGAGCAUGAUGAGAGGAUGACCGGUAAAUUGGUGGAUCAGUCCCUUCGCUAUACGAACCGAAUGAGGCGCAUAGCACGUAGGCUAAUAUGAGUAAUGAAGCAUCUUCGCCUCAGCAGCUGCUGACACGACUGAUGUGUAGAAGUUUCCGAAGACUCAACACUCCGCGAAAGCUAACUUACCACGACCCAGCCCGCCGUGCAGGCUGGAUCAUUACCGCGGAAAUCUCGGCACGGAGGCUUGCGGUUGAGGGUGAAUUGAAGGCGUCAAUGGCCAGCGACGCGUCGUCGAGUCAGAGUCAAACCGUGGCCUUCGAACUACGCGCAGGGCGCAGCAGCAGCGUCGUC